UCCUUGAAAAUAACAAGAUAUUAUUAUCCACAAAUUGUCCGUUGCAGUGAAAAACAUCAAUAGGAAUGUGAGGUAACUCUGCUACAAUUCUGUGAAUUUGAAGCAAGUUUCAGGUACCUUUUGACCGAGUGAAAUUCCUCCAGAAAAAAAUCGAUAUUUGAGUGAAUUUAGCACCGAAUCGGAGCUUAAGAUGGGGAUCUACGGCAGGGUUUAGGGUUGAUUUGAGCUUUAAGUCGGAAUUCGGAUGGGAAAAUGAAUAAUCUUUAGGUCUGAGGGGCGAUUUGAAGACAUUUGAGGUCAAUUUUGGGUAUGGCAACUCCGGUGGAACCUCCAAAUGGGGUCAGAAAUGAAGGAAAACAUUACUACUCCAUGUGGCAGACGCUUUUUGAGAUUGAUACAAAAUAUGUCCCAAUCAAGCCCAUCGGUCGAGGUGCCUAUGGCAUAGUGUGUUCUUCAGUUAACAGAGAAACUAAUGAAAAGCUUGCUAUCAAGAAAAUUCACAAUGCCUUUGAAAAUCGUGUUGAUGCACUAAGAACUUUACGGGAGCUGAAGCUUCUCCGGCAUCUCAGACAUGAAAAUGUGAUAGCUCUGAAAGAUGUCAUGCUCCCUAUUCACAAGGGAAGCUUCAAAGACGUGUACUUGGUAUACGAGCUUAUGGAUACAGAUUUGCAUCAGAUCAUCAAGUCAUCUCAAGCACUUUCAAAUGACCAUUGCCAGUACUUCCUUUUCCAGUUACUUAGAGGUCUGAAAUAUCUUCACUCUGCAAAUAUUCUUCAUCGCGAUUUAAAGCCUGGCAACCUGCUCAUCAAUGCUAACUGUGAUCUUAAAAUAUGUGAUUUCGGCCUUGCUCGUACCAGCAGCAGUCAAGGCCAGUUCAUGACUGAGUAUGUGGUUACUCGCUGGUAUCGGGCCCCAGAGCUCCUUCUCUGCUGUGACAACUAUGGGACUUCAAUAGAUGUAUGGUCUGUUGGUUGCAUCUUUGCAGAACUCCUUGGCCGAAAGCCUAUAUUUCCCGGUACAGAGUGUCUUAACCAGCUAAAGUUAAUCGUCAACAUCCUUGGCAGCCAAAAGGAAGAUGAUCUUGAUUUCAUUGACAAUCCAAAGGCAAAGAAAUACAUCAGAACUCUUCCAUACUCCCUUGGGACUCCCUUCACCCAUCUUUACCCCCACGCCCAUCCUCUGGCAAUCGAUCUAUUGCAGAAGAUGCUUGUCUUUGACCCUUCAAAGAGAAUAAGCGUUACUGAUGCACUCCAACACCCGUACAUGUCUCCCCUGUACGACCCGAGAUGUGAUCCUCCAGCUCAGGUCCCAAUCAAUCUCGACAUAGAUGAGGAUUUAGAGGAGGGGAUGAUUAGAGAAAUGAUGUGGACUGAGAUACUGCACUACCACCCAGAAGGUGCUCCUGCAACCACUGAAAUCGCCAUUUGAAGAUUCGACGUUGUAAGUCUGUGUUCUGUUUAAGUUAUAAGAACCUUGAUCAUUUGGGUUCCUUUUUUUCUUUUCCUUAUUUAGCCUCUUAUUUCAAUAAUCAUGAGAGCAAUGGCAUUAACAGUUUGAGCUGCUAAUGUUCUGCUAAUAUCGGCAUUUGGAAUGCGGUUCACGGGCUUGGCCUCUUUUCAAGAGCGCAAUUGCCUUGUAAUCUGUACAUAGGUCUGGUGUUGUAUGCCAUCAACAUUUCCUGUACAUUACUUAUCCCUCCAUGAAUAUUUUUUUUUCUUCAAAAUAAUAUUGUAGGUGUUGUAGAAAUUAUACACUUUUUAUAGUAGUUGAGACACUUGCAUGAUAAGGCAUAAGCAUGAUUAUUGAUUUUCUGGGUA